AUGAAGUGUUGUGCCAGUCUCCUGCUGGGAAUCCUCGCCGUCUGGGGGUCUCCCUGCUCGGCGCAGUUCACCAACUGGCAGCAGCAUCAGAUCAAUACAAGUAUAUGCUACUGGAUACAGCCUCGGGCUGCCUUGAUAAGAGACACUGUAUAUCUUGAUGGAGGGGACAUCUGGUGGUCUCCUGGACUCGACUCAGGGAAGCUAGGGACCGUCGUCAACGAUGGAAACCUGCAGGGAAUCAUUCUCGCGUACAAUCUUAGCGACUCAUUCUCUCCAGACACCAAUGUCACCCAGCUGCUACUCAAGAAUGAAUUCUCCAAAGCCAGGGGAGGCAAGCUGGAUAGCAUUAGCUCCGAACCCAACUUCCAGGACGGAGCCCUACUCGGAAACGAUGCCGAGUUCUUCUUGUACGGUGGCACGAUGCUUAAGAACAGCGCGCUGUACGAAGAACCCCCCGCGGAUUCCAUUCUCAAAUACACGGCGUAUCAGUAUGGCGUAGACAAGCCGCUAUUCAAGACAGGUCUGCUCGACGCGCGCCUCGAUAACGGAGUGAACCGUUACGUCUCCUACGGCGCCGGCGUCAGCGCGCCAUCGGAGAACAUGGCCUGGUACUUUUCCGGCCUGACAGCGCCAGGCCGUGGUCCUUUCUACUCCAAUUCCAACAACGCAUCGACGAGGGCGCUCAACGUGUCCAACACCCUAAUCUCCUUGGACUUAACAACACAGCUCAGCGAGAAGUGGAGCAACGACACGCUUCCAGACAAAAUCAAGGGCCGGUCCAAUGCCGAGGUCGUCUGGGUGCCAGUGGGCAAGCGCGGCAUUCUGGUCGUGCUCGGCGGCGUCGUCUACCCCGAAUGGGCAUGGACAACCAAGUCGCACGCUUCGUCAGAUGAAGAUGCCAGUAAAAAGCAGAGCCCCGAAUUUAUGCGCACCAUCGACAUCUACGAUGUGGACAGCAAGAAGUGGUACCAGCAGUCAACCAAAGACGGCCCCAGCACCCGCGCCAGGGGCUGCGCCGUUGUUGGCACGGCCGCUGAUCGCUCGAGCUUCAACAUCUACUACUAUGGUGGAUUCGAUGGCAUACAUCCCGCCAACGACUUCUACGACGACGUGUGGGUGCUUUCACUGCCGUCAUUUACUUGGACGCAACUUAGCAAUGGCACAUCGCUUCACGCCCGGGCUGGCCAUAAGUGCUUCAUGCCAUACCCGGAUCAGAUGAUGGUUUUCGGCGGCUAUCCCCCAACCCCUGGCGCCCUCCCAUCGUGCCUAGACAAGGGCCCCAUUGUUCUCUACAAUAUCACAAGCGGUCAAUGGCUCGAUUCUUACGAUCCAGCCAAGUAUGGCAAAUACGCGGUCCACGAGAAGGUAUACUCCGCCAUUGGCGGUGACGCGUCCGGCGGCGCUACGAAGACGAAGCCUGCUUCCGGGUGGGAUUCGGCGGCGCUUGGCGAUGUGUUUGCGACAAAGUACGACACCAGCAAGAUUACGACGUACUGGCCAUACAAGUCGGCGACGCCUACUGGGCGGCCGGAUCUGCCCCAGCAAGACGGCGGAAGCAGCAGCAAGAAAAACGUCAUCAUUCCCGCGGUGGUUGUACCCGUCGUGGCCCUCAUCGGCGCCGGCCUGGUCGCGUUCUGGUGUAUGCGUCGUCGGAGACGAGGUGGGAGCAGUGUCUCCAAGGACUCAACAGAUGAGGCUGGGAACCGCAUCCGCUCCUGGAUCAGAGGCCAGAACGGCGGCGCCAAGUCUUUCACUGUCACAAGCUCCGAGGCCGCCUAUCCGAGUCCGACCCCAGAGAUGGCCAAGGUCACAGCCUUGUAUCCACCCGUGUCGCCUGAGCCAGAUCCCUCGGUCCAUCACGAAAUGGCCGAUACCCAGGUCGCUGAGCUUGGAGACACAUCGCCGCCGGCGGAGCUGCACGACACGGGGCUUACCCCCGUUGAGGUGAUACAGAAGCACUCCAAUUUUGGGCGCAACAGCACUCGGUCGCCGUCAAACCCCUCGCACAGCUCCUUUUCCGGCCUCGGCGACAACACAAGCUUCGUAUCUGGCUCCAGUGCCCGCAUCGACUCGCCUGUGGUCCCCCACGCGUCUCUGCAAAUGGGCUCCCUGGGCGACACGAGACCAACGCCUCCGCCGGUGCCCGAAUCGCCGGUUAGGGGCAAUGCCGAGGACGAUGAACCCAUUGGUUCGCCGGGGCCCGUCUCGCCGCCUACCUCGGGAGACGCACGCGGCGAGGAUUACCUGUCGGCUGGGGAAGUGGCGAGUGCGUCACGUAAGAAGAGCAUCUUUCGGGAGAAUGACGAGGACAUGGGAGGAGCUCGGUAG